UGCGCCCCCUCCCUCCCUUAAUCCUCAGCGGGUGGGGGAAAGUUACGUCCUGUAGAACGGAGUUAAAUAGUGUAGAACGACGGAGGUGUCAGGACUCAGCGAGGGUCUCCUGUCAUCAGUGAUCUCACCUGCCGGGGUCGGAGAGGUACCCUUGAGUCGCCAGGCUUGUGAUCUCAAAACAGAAUUGUUGCAGCAGGCUACCGGCAGUCCUAAACAGUUCAUCUUGGUGUACUGUUUUCCGAUUGUGAUUGCAUCAUGGAAAAUCAGUUGGCUAAAUCAGCUGAAGAACGAACAUUUCAGUACCAAGAUUCUCUUCCAUCACUGCCUGUUCCUUCACUUGAAGAAUCAUUAAAAAGAUAUCUUGAAUCAGUAAAGCCCUUUGCAAAUGAGGAAGAAUAUAAGAAAACUGAAGAAAUUGUCCGAAAAUUUAAAAAUGGGAUUGGAGGAGAAUUACACCAGAAAUUACUUGAAAGGGCAAAAGGAAAAAGAAAUUGGCUGGAAGAGUGGUGGCUGAAUGUUGCAUAUCUGGAUGUUCGUAUGCCGUCACAACUGAAUGUCAACUUUGCGGGUCCUGCGCCCUAUAUUGAACACUAUUGGCCUCCAAAGGAAGGCACCCAGUUGGAAAGAGGAAGUAUAAAUCUUUGGCAUAACUUAAACUACUGGCAGCUAUUAAGAAAAGAAAAAGUGCCUGUUCAUAAAGUUGGAAAUACUCCUCUAGAUAUGAGUCAAUUCCGAAUGCUAUUUUCUACCUGCAAGGUGCCAGGAAUUACUAGAGAUUCAGUUAUGAGUUAUUUUAGGACUGAGAGUGAAGGGCAUACUCCAAGUCACAUUGCAGUCCUCUGUCGUGGCCGAGUUUUUGUCUUUGAUGCAAUACAGGAAGGAUGUUUGAUCACCCCACCAGAGAUUCUCAGGCAGUUGACAUACAUCCAUCAGAAGUGCCAUAGUGAACCUGACGGACCUGGGAUAGCAGCAUUAACUAGCGAGGAGCGAACUCGAUGGGCUAAGGCACGAGAAUAUUUGGUUAGUCUUGAUCCAGAGAACUUGACUAUGUUAGAAAAAAUUCAGAGCAGUUUACUGGUGUAUUCCAUAGAGGAUGGCAGUCCACAUGUAACACCAGAAGAUUAUUCUCAGGUAACUACAAUGCUUCUUACUGGAGACCCAACAGUGCGCUGGGGUGACAAAUCCUAUAACUUGAUUUCCUUUGCUAAUGGAGUAUUUGGCUGUAAUUGUGAUCAUGCUCCUUAUGAUGCAAUGAUUAUCGUAAACAUCAGCCAUUAUAUUGAUGAGAAAAUUUUGGAGAAUGAAGGAAGAUGGAAGGGUUCAGAAAAUGUACGGGAUAUACCACUUCCAGAGGAGCUUAUUUUCACUGUGGAUGAGAAAGUAUUAGAUGAUAUCAACCAAGCUAAAGCCCAAUAUCUCAAGCAGGCCUCUGAUCUGCAGAUUUUCGUGUAUGCCUUUACAUCUUUUGGCAAAAAGUUAACCAAGAAGAUGAGGCUUCACCCUGAUACGUUUGUUCAGCUUGCACUUCAGCUGGCCUAUUAUAGACUUCACGGAUGCCCUGGUUGCUGCUAUGAAACAGCUAUGACAAGAUAUUUUUAUCAUGGCCGUACAGAGACUGUGCGAUCUUGUACAGUAGAAGCAGUCAGGUGGUGCCAGUCCAUGCAGAAUCCUUAUGCCAGUCUCCUUGAGCGGCAGCAAAAGAUGUUACAGGCUUUUGCAAAGCAUAAUAAAAUGAUGAAAGAUUGUUCAACUGGAAAAGGAUUUGACCGUCAUCUUUUAGGUCUUUCACUCAUAGCAAAAGAGGAAGGUCUCCCAAUUCCAGAACUCUUUACGGACCCACUUUUCUCCAAAAGUGGAGGAGGUGGAAACUUUGUCCUCUCAACAAGCCUGAUUGGUUACUUCAGAAUCCAGGGAGUGGUGGCUCCCAUGGUGCACAAUGGCUAUGGAUUUUUCUACCACAUCAGAGACAACAGGUUUGUUGUGGCCUGCACAGCUUGGAAAUCAUGUCCAGAGACUGAUGCAGAAAAGCUAAUUGAGCAGAUUUUUCAUGCUUUCCAUGAUAUGAUUCAGCUGAUGAACACCGCUCAUCUUUAGAGAUUAAUCAUUUAUUAAGCACUUACCAAAAUAUAUUAUUAAACUGGGUGCUGGGAGUGGGUUGGUACUGUGAGAUACGAAGAAAUGUUGACUUAAAGGAAACUUGUUAAAUGAAGAAAUUAGUAGAGUCACGCUCUCUAAAUUUAUUCUGACGUAGAAAGUAGAAAUAUUUUUAAGCUUCCUCUGAUGCUGCAGCAAUGCAAAUUAUGAUAUAGUGAAUAUAGAACUAUGCAAUAUUUAAGAUAAGCCUCAACAAUGCAAAUCUACAAAUUUUAAUAAUGCAAGUCUUGCUCUAACUUUUAAAUAUUUUUGUUGGUAUCUGAACAGGUUAUAAAUCCUCUCUCUGAACAUCAUUGUAGAGUCUUAUCUUCCAAGCACUUUAACAUUUUCUAGUUGCCAAAGGGUAUGAAAUACAUGACUGGACACUAAUUUCCCUGAAAUCAGUGCCUUCCACAUUCACCACAGGGAUACAAGCCUACUAUGUUUGAUGGGAAAGACCACUACAAUUUAAUGAUGAUCUUUAAAAAAUGGUUUCUGUUGGCCAGACAGAAGAAUUAGAUUGUAGGAAGGAGGUUUACAUCCUCUGACACACACACACAACCUAAUAAAAUUCAUUACAGUAUGUUGUUAUAAUUAGUUUUGUGAAUAUAAAAUUAGAGCACUUACAUUUAAAAUUAGUUGAGUUAUGACUUUAAAAGGAUUAAAUGUUGAAUCAGAUUCUCAGGAUUUUACAAUUUUUUUCUCCUUUUUGUUCAAUUUUGUAGUUUCUUUCUCUGGAAAAUAAAACUCUCAAUCAUA